GACGAAGAAUGCUGCUUUUCGCAGGAGAGUUUGCUGAGUCUGGUGGCGCCGGAACUCAGCUCGCUGAUCAAUUGCUGGUUGGCGGCAUUGCGUGAUUCCGCGCUUCUCUCCCUUCCACCUGAGUUCAAAUCACAAUUGCCACCAAAAGGUGGAGCAUAUUACACUGCUGAAUGUGCUGACAAUGUCCCAGAGGACAAAAAGAGAGACACUCAUUUCCAUGUGAUGCUUGGAAUAUGCAUUGAAACGUUAUGCUCUAAUCGUACAACUUCCGAGGACACGCUUACUGUCCAGCUAUGUCUACGAUCACUUAAAAACCUUCUGGCUUGCAACUGGUCGCGACUUCUGUUGAUGAGAAAUGUGCGGUUACCAAUCGAAGUGGUGAAUGUGCUCUACAGGUUUGAACUGAUUUGUUAUAGCUGUAAUAAAUCCACAAUACCAAUUGGUGCUCAGGCUGUAAACUUGAGCAGAAGACUGGCAGUGACCAGCAUAAGGUUUGAACUAAUUUGUUAUAGUUGUAAUAAAUGCACGAUACCAAUUGGUGCUCAGGCUGUAAACUUGAGCAGAAGACUGGCAGUGACCAGCAUAAGGCUUAUUUUAACACGGGACAAUUUACGAACUCAGCAGCUUUGUGCAGAUGUUGUAAUAACUGUUCUGGAUGCAGCACAGUAUUCAAUCGCGAUCCAUAGGACUGAAAAAGACAUUGAAAAUGGCAACUCCGAAGACAGGGGAAGCUACAGGGGAGCGGAAGGUACCGCAGAUGGCCUUCAGCCUGCCAGUUCGUUGGCCUUUGCUGUCUUGGAGGUUGCUCUGUGCCUUUUGGUGAGGCAGGCUAACGAGGAUUUGCAGAUCCCUCAAAUUAAUACAGCGCUGAUGAGGAGCAAAUCAGCAGCGCCGUUCCAUUACAGGAGAUAUUCUCGGCUUCCAGUUGAAUCCAACGAUCUCAUCAAAAUGGGUCUUGUCAUUCUCACGCGUAUUCCAAUGCUGUGCUGUCCAGAUGGUGUCAUUGUUGUAUUACCGAGCAUCCUUUACUUGGUUCUGGGCGUUUUGCAUGAAUCCUCUCUUCUCGAUAAGGCUCUCAGAUCAUUGCUGUCGAAGGCACCAAGUGAUGAGACAUUUCCAAAAUGGGUGUCAGUGAUGAAAAGCGCUCUCGUUUCACUUCUUAAUAUGGCCGAAGACGGCAAAACUGACAGUGCAGUGAUGAUGUUGGCUGUUGCGGUAUUUGUUACGUCAUCGCCACGUCAGGUAGUUGUCGGCAGCAGUGGUCUUUUCACAAGAAUCUGCAAAAUGUUCCAUACGUGCAUGGAAAACGAGCAUAAACAGGUUGUGGCGAAGUGCUUGCAAAGCGUUGCUUCUAUAUUUGGUCGCCGCGAAGUGUGUUAUCCAUUCAUCAGAGAGCUUGUCCCGAAAAUACUGAAUAGGAUCCGUCCAUUAGUAGCGGUUCUUCCCAGUGGAACUUCAGCAGUCUCGAAAUCCGAUGAAGAUGUAAUUAUCAUACAGGAAGCAAUGCGUGCUUUGGAAAUGGCGCUUUCUGUUGCUGAGCCAAAAAAACGAUUAGCAAUUGUGAAUUUGAUUGUGCAGCUGCUGGGAGCAUUUUUAUGUGAAGAGGCAGCUACACAUUACAGACAUCUGUCGGCACCAGCUCGUCGGUUGCACGACUAUGCAUUGCAUAGGCUGAAUGCAAUUGGUCCCACUCAUCCUAAAGAAUUCAAGAGAGUUCUACACUCGUUUCCUGCUCUGAAACUGAAGAUUGAAGCUUCGAUAAGGCAUCAGAGCGGCCGUGUGGUCGCAGCUCAGCAGGCGCAGCGUGCCAGUACUGCUCGAAAAUGUGAACAAUUGCCAGCACCAGUUCCUAAACCCGCUGCUAUUAAAUUGAAAGUGGAUUUUAGCACUUUUGGCUCAAACUAG